UACACCUCUCCCUACCAUUUCCACCAUGUUCUUUCAUAUAUACUAAGGUGAGGCUCCGCCUCCACCACUUCACAAGAAAAACAUCCUCUAUUUACCAGCUUAAUUUUCUCUAUUCAGUUUAAAUUUAGGAUUUAAUUUAUCCCUAAAUCAAUCUAUGGCUUCUACAAGAAAAGAUGUGGAUCGGAUUAAAGGUCCGUGGAGCCCUGAAGAAGAUGAGGCGUUACAGAGAUUAGUCCAAACCUAUGGACCAAGAAACUGGUCUCUAAUAAGCAAAUCAAUCCCUGGUCGAUCUGGAAAAUCAUGUAGGUUGCGAUGGUGCAACCAGCUAUCCCCUGAGGUCGAGCACAGACCGUUCAGUGCUGAAGAGGAUGACGCAAUCAUCAGGGCCCAUGCUCGUUUCGGCAACAAAUGGGCCACCAUCGCUCGCCUCCUCAAUGGACGCACCGAUAACGCUAUCAAAAACCACUGGAACUCAACCCUCAAGAGAAAAUGUUCCUCUAUGUCUGAUGACUUAAACGACGACGCACACCAACAGCCUCUUAAAAGAUCCGCAAGUCUCGGGGCUGGUUCGGGUCUAUACUUGAACCCGAGUAGCCCUUCAGGAUCCGAUUUGAGCGAUUCAAGUGUACCCGGUGUGAACUCAUCUCCGGUUUACAGACCACUGGCUAGAACUGCCUCUCUUGUUCCACCAAGUUUGUCCAUUGAUGUGUCCUCUCCAACUGCAGAUCCCCCAACUUCACUGUGCCUGUCUCUGCCUGGAUCCAAUACUUGUGAGACUCCGGGAUCCGGAUCCGGAUCCCGAUCGUGUGCUGGUAACCAGACGCAAACACCGGUUGCACCUCCACUCGCUGCAGUUACUGUGCAGCAACAGCAGCAAAUUCCAGCAGCGCAACAAAAUGUUGAAUUUGGAUACGAGAAACAGUUUUUCAGUUCCGAGUUUUUGGCAGUUAUGCAAGAGAUGAUAAGGAAGGAAGUGAGGAGUUAUAUGUCUGGGAUUAAGCAAAAUGGGCUGUGUUUGGGAACAGAGGCUAUAAGGAGCGCUGUCGUUAAGCGAAUUGGGAUUAGCAGAAUCGAGUAGCCAAACAGAGGGAAGAGAAGUAGUUUGUUAGUGAUGAUCAUGAUCAUCGGGAUGAUCAUGAUAAUGAUGCAGCUGAGUUGACUCGUCGAGAAUCGGAGACCAUGAAAGAGGAGGAAAAAAAAGAGAAGAAACAAUCUGUUUUUUUUUUUUUUUUUUUUGAGUUUCUUUAAUCGUCGCUUUAUACUGGAGUAGUAAUUUUGGUGGUGUACAGGGCAGUUUCCUUCACCGGAGAAGAGAAUCUCAGUGAAUUUGGAUAUAUAUAAAUUGAUCUUGCUGUGGACCA